AUGAACAAGUCCGGCGCCGAUCAGUUGCCGUACGUAACUCCGUACGCACAUCUUCACCCUUUCUUUCCAACAGAACUGGCCGAACUCAUUCGCUAUCUGCAAACCAAAGUCCAGGCAGUUGGAAGUGCUGAAGGCACUGGGCAAGCAACGGAUGCGGAUCAGUGGGAAUGGCUUCUCGGUGUGUUGUCGGAUCCUUUGUUGGCCAAAGGUUUUCUCAUGCAUGACCGUGUGGCAAGCGCAUACGAGACGUGCAAGCAGGCCUUGGACCCUGAGCCACGCUACCGUUGGCCUGUCCUCCCUGGAAUGUCUUACGACGUGCUAGAGGCCGUCCAAACCCAGCUGUUGGAAGUUCUUCAGCGACCCGUCCCUUUAGAUGCCUACACUGUCAAUCAUUUGUCACACCUCCACAGCAUUCUGGGGAAACCACGAUUCCGGAGUUUGUUUUUGGCAAUGGAUGGCCUAGCCAAUACAUGGUUGUUUGAAGCACAAAAGAAAACUGAAGAUGUGGAACACGAAGCAGUCUCCGAGGGUGGAGAUUCUGCAGACGAUUCGUUUCCAGUAGGCCCUGACGUCGAACCGAGUGUGCUACCGGGUUGUUACGCAACAUUGGCCUACGAUGAGAAUGGACGUGAUUCGUACUCCGAGCAAGGAGUGCGUCUCAAGUAUGUUGUGUUUCAAAAGGGAGACAAUGAGUUCCUGGGCGCCACCGUUCGUGUAGAAAAGCGUUCCAUUCUAAUCGCUCGCAUCAUAAACGGCGGCUUGGCUCAAAAAACAAACUUACUGCACGAAGGUGAUGAACUGCUGACUGCCAAUGGUAUCGAACUGCUUGGAAAAGACUUGAAGACGGCCACGGAAAUUUUAGCCUCACUCCGUGGGAGGGUCGUUUUGUUGGUGGCACCUGCUAGCGAUCCCUUCGCCAAAUCGCCUAUGGGAGGCAUCAUCCAUCUGCGUGCCUUAUUCUCCUACGACCCGGAUGAAGAUCGGUACCUGGCCUGCCAUGAACUCGGUCUUUCGUUUACCAAGGGUGAUAUCCUACACGUAACCGGACGACGUGAUCCAAAUUGGUGGCAAGCAUAUCGAAGCGACGAGGAGACUGGAAUUACCGGGGCUGUGGGAACUUUGGCUGGUCUCAUUCCCAGUCCAGUCUAUCAGCGACAUCGGGCUGUUCUGCGAUUACAAUCAUGGCUGAACAGCGGAUCUGAGGAUGUGGAAUUGGAAGACGAGCCUUCUGAUUUGGAAUUGGAGUCCGAACAUCGAGAGAACAAGGAGAAUGUCUCCUCUGUUGCGCCGGCUUCAGAAAAACGUUUCUUGGGUAUUAAACUACCCUUUGGAAAAAAGAAAUCUGGAUCCACAAUUUCUCAGCCCAAAGUGACAGGCGGGACACUGGAGGAACCGGGCCAAUCAAAGGACGUGGCCGAUCCUGACGCAUCUGGAAACUCUGCACAGUAUUUAGUGAACAGUACUCUGAUAAAUUCUAUCUACGACGGCCGUAUGUCUGGCCAAGUAAGACCGAGCGGUCAACUAACGGAGGGUGUAUUUGAGGAGUGGGCAGCUCUUCAAAUAGCCCGUGAUGAAAGCUUCGUCGAUCUGGAAUAUGCAGACGACAUCGUUCUCACCUUCGAAGAGGAGGAGAAGGCGCAGGUGUUUUUGAAUGAACUGACCAAACUCAUCCCGUCCUUUGCGGCUGGACCUGUUUGGGGUCAACAUGGCUACGAUGUGCGACCGCGACGGGAACGUCGGGCUCGUCUAGCUCACAAAGCUGGCGUGAAAUCUCCUUGCCUCAGCGCAAUUCGGGGUAAGAAGAAGGGCUUAUUUGAAACGAGCUAUUUUCCUUCUGUUCAUUUUGCUCCGGACACUACAGCUAAUUUUGACGAAGACCCUGUUGCAUGGCUCGAUAAGGAGGUCGCCGCAGGAUAUUUACCACAUUCAAGCCUUUGGACCUAUGAACCGGUGGCACAAUACAUUCCACAACCCCUGAGGAGGCGCCCUCUUGUGUUCGUCGGGCCGGCUCACGUAGGACGACAUCAAUUGAUGCAAAAUUUGAUCAAUGUGGACCCGGCCCGAUUUUGUCCUGCUCCUAUCCACACAACCAACCCGAAAGUGAAAUCCGACUCCUCAGUGCCUUAUAUUGUUGUCAGUGAUGAAUCUUUUGAAGCUGAUCGAAAACGAGGCGAAUUUAUUGAAUGGGGCAUGUUCAGUCGGGCCCGUUACGGCACCAGCAAGUCUACAUUGCAAAAGUUAGUGGACGAGGGCAAAGUCGUGUGUAUAACGCUCCGCCCCGAGUCCCUGCGUCUAAUACGUGCCAGCGGUCUGAUGCCAUACGUCAUCUUCAUUUCUCCACCCGAGAGAGUGGAUGAGUUGCGCCGUAUACAGAAGCAACUCGGUCUCAAAGUUAAUUGCUCCGAUAUGGAACUAAAAAUGUGCAUCGAGACAAGUCGAAAAAUGGAGGUCCGUUUUGGUCAUUGGUUUGACAUCGUGGUCAUCCCAGACACCAUCGAAACCACAGUGAACGAACUGACCGCUAUUGCUACUCAGUUAGAACGUCAGCCUUCCUGGGUCCCGCGUUACUGGUCAAAAAGUUGAAAUGCAAACGUCUGCAUUGAUGCCACAUAUCAUCAUUUUUACAAUCCUCACUCUGAUUUACAGUAUUUCUGUAUGACUUCUUUGUACUCCUGGCUGUCGGUUCGUCAUUCCCUCGAUUUUACCGCUAUAACUUUUUUGACACCUCUUCCACUUACCAGUUUUAUUUUGACUUCCUUAUGCUUUCCGCCUAUCAGCUGUUUUUACUUUGUCUACUGGUGAUUUUUUUUACGUUAAUUAGCUUAUUCUCCGGUUCUGGCUUUCUGUCUUUGUACGUGACGAACGCAUAGGCGAGCCGUUUUACCAACUUUAAAGCACUUAAUAUCGAAUGCACAGAGUUUAAUUCUUCGGUUUUGUUCGUUCUGAUAAUUUUGCCAGACCCAUACAACCACCAUAUGAUGACACCGCGAC